ACUUCCCGCCAGCUUUCUCCAGUAUUAUUACCAGAAUUCCUUUCCUUUUUCUUGUGGUAUCACCCACACAAGGAAAAGGGUGGGGAGGGGGGAGAUGGAAGCACUAUAAGUAUCGGACCCAUGCACGCACAAACACCCAUCGCUCGCUAGGUGUUUGACACAAUGCGACUCUUCUCCAUCUCCUCCGCUUCUUUCCUCCUCGUCCUUCUCUUCUCCUGCUCUUUGGUUCGCGGUGGCAGGUCGAGGGAAUUGGACCGCGAGGCCUUGCGACAACAGGAGGCCGACCGCGUGGUCGGGCUCCCCGGUCAGCCGCCGGUGAGCUUCCGCCAGUACGCCGGGUACGUGACGGUCAACGAGAGCCACGGCCGCGCGCUCUUCUACUGGUUCUUUGAGGCCACUCACGAUGUGGAGAAGAAGCCGCUUCUUCUCUGGCUAAACGGAGGGCCUGGGUGUUCUUCCAUUGGGUAUGGGGCUGCAGAGGAGCUUGGACCUUUUCUGAUGCAAAAGGGUGUGCCACAGCUCAGGUUCAAUCAGCAUUCUUGGAACAAAGAGGCAAAUCUGCUAUUUCUUGAGUCACCUGUUGGAGUGGGAUUUUCUUACACUAAUACCAGCUCUGAUUUGCAGUCACUGGGAGACAAGAUCACAGCUGAGGACUCCUACAUAUUCCUUGUAAACUGGCUCAAGAGGUUCCCACAGUACAAGUCCCAUGACUUCUACAUUGCUGGAGAAAGUUAUGCAGGACACUAUGUUCCACAACUAUCCGAGAAGAUAUUCGACGAAAACAAAAAAGCUUCAAAGGAAACCUACAUAAACUUCAAAGGAUUUAUGAUAGGAAAUGCAUUGAUGGACGACGACACUGAUCAGACGGGGAUGAUCGACUACGCAUGGGACCAUGCCGUCAUCUCCGACCGUGUCUACCACGACGUCAAGAGCAACUGCAAUUUCAGCAUUGAACCUGCUACUGAGGCCUGUAACAAUGCACUGAGAGAGUACUUUGCAGUCUAUCGUAUAAUCGACAUGUACAGCUUGUAUGCUCCUGUCUGUACCAGCAUCACCUCUACCCGGAAGUCCUUCCAGAUCGAGGGUGCAGCUCCCAAGCUGUUCUCCAGAUAUAGUGGGUGGCAUCAAAAGCCAGCGGGGUACGACCCUUGUGUCUCGGACUAUUCCGAGGUGUAUUUCAACCGACCGGAUGUCCAAGAAGCUCUGCAUGCCAACACCACAAAGAUUGGCUACAACUGGACCCACUGCAGUGAGGUAGUCACCAAAUGGAAUGAUUCGCCAGCCACUAUGCUCCCAGUCAUCCGCAAGCUUAUCAAUGGCGGCCUCAGAGUAUGGGUUUUCAGUGGGGACACUGAUGGAAGAAUUCCAGUCACCUCAACAAGGUAUACACUAAACAAGCUUGGCAUGAAAACUAUCCAAGAAUGGAAGCCAUGGUAUGAUCGUAAGCAGGUGGGUGGAUGGACAAUUGUCUUUGAAGGACUGACAUUUGUUACAGUUCGUGGUGCCGGACACCAAGUUCCAACAUUUGCUCCUAGGCAGGCUCAGCAGUUGAUUCAUCACUUCUUGGCUAACCAGCAAUUGCCUCCAUCAGCAUUCUAGCAGUGGAAGUCUUGAUCCAAUCUUCCAUUCGACAUCCAAUCAUUCACAUAAGUGGUUUCAUACCCUGCAUUUGAUGAAAUGCUUGUCUACCCGUACUAAACAAUGCAAAGUGAUAACUGAAAAUAGGUGCAAGCCAUGUUUUCAAUAAGAGAGUUGUUUUAGUUCAUACGCUUGUGUUCUUGAAUUAUGCAUUUCCCCAGUUUGACAAUAAGAAAACCAUGUAAAACACAAAAGUCUAUCAAAUUUCAUCACAUAAUAUCAUUUCCAUUCUGUUUUA